AUUUCCAUUUUACUUUUUUACCUUUCACUCAUUUAUUCAUAUUAGUUAACAAUAUUGUUAGACACUUAUAGUUACUUGUUACUUAUUAAAAAAAUUAAAACGAAAUGCAAAAAUAAAUAAACGGGCAAAGUAAAUAGAGAAUUAACACAAAUGUAAAUUGUGUAAAUAUUUAGUUAAUUAAUUAAUUAAUAACUACAUUUAUUUUAAUAUUAUGGUGCAUCCAGGUUGUAAACAGGUUGUAAACGAGUCAAAACAUCAGGGGUUAACAGUAAGUUGCAGUGUCAAAGUCUAAACAUGCCAGAGAAGUAAACAGUAAACAGUAAACAGUGAGGGCAGAGUAAACAAAGCGGCCAGGGUCCAGACAGCGCUGAGAGGACACCAUGUCCCCGUGAGGAUGAGUGGGUGGACCCUCUGUCAGCUGCAGGUGUCCCUUUGACCCUCCACAGACUCAAUGUGUUGGUGUCACAGUCAAGAGGUCUCAGUUGGGAGCAGGUCGCCUGGCUCGCUCUCGGAUGAUGACAACAAAAAUCAUUCACUUCAUGGUCAACGGGAGGCUGGAGCACGCCGAGUUUGGAGACAACUGCUCGGCCGCAGACAUCAAAGAUCUGUUCCGGGCGGCGGCGGAGGCGGGGCCUCACCACAUCCUGAAGAUGUACAACACAGACGGCAGCGUGCUGAACAUCUCCCCGCGCCUGGAGCCCAACAGCCAGGACUCGUACUACCGACUGGAGGUGGUGGCGUCCGAUCUGAAGAGUGAGCGGCGCCCUGAGACACCUCACGUCCACCUCAACUGUGUGGGGCUGCCAAAGGAGCUGGACACCAUGGAGUACAGGCUGCGUCAUCUGGAGAACAAGGUCAUCGAAGACGUGGGGAAGAGUCCGGAUAUCAUCUGUGACCUGAAGAGCCAAGUGGAGUCGUUCAAGAGGAAGCUGGAGAGUGUGGGCCACCUGAGCUGGAUGGGUCUGUUCAAGGAGGACAGCGACCAUCAGCUCUCCAAGAUCUCCAUGAAACCCAAAACGCCUCAGCUGAGUGUGCAGGAGGAGCGCCAACAAGUCCGCAAGAAGUUCCUCAGCAUGAGCUCACUGCAGGUGACAGAGGAAGUGAGAGAGAAUCUGAAAACCCCCAUUUUUGACAACUGGCAGUGGGAGGAGGCGGAGAUGCUGGUGCUCCUCCAGGUGAUGUUCACCGACCUGGACUUCCUGACGGCGUUCCACAUCGAGCUUGAGGUCCUGCAGAACUUCCUGUUCGAGGUCUACUGCCACUACAACAACAUCCCCUUCCACAACUUCAGGCACUGCUUCUGCGUCACUCAGAUGGUACGGACAGGAACUGACCUCCACCUGUCUCUGAAAAGCCAAAUAACAUCUGUAUAUUGGUGGAGGUUUACUUCCUGGUGUCACUGGUGUGUGGUUGUGCAGAUGUACGGGCUGAUCUGGCUGACAGACCUCCGGAGUAAAAUAGCGAAAAUCGACCUGCUGAUCAUGUUGACCUCGGCUCUGUGCCACGACCUCGACCACCCCGGCUACAACAACGUCUACCAGAUCAACGCUCAGACCGACUUAGCUCUUCGCUACAACGACAUUUCACCCCUGGAAAACCACCACUGUGCCGUUGCCUUUAGCAUCAUGUCCAAGCCAGAAUGCAACAUCUUGAAAAACCUGACCUGUGAGCAGUACAAACACAUCCGAGGAGGAAUGAUCAGGUGUAUUCUGGCCACCGACAUGGCGAGACACAACGAAAUUCUCAACAAGUUCAAAUCCAUGCAGCCGGUGUUUGACUUCACCAACAAGGACCACAAGGAAGUGCUGAUGAAGAUCAUGGUGAAGGUGAGCGACAUCUCCAACGAGGCGAGGCCAAUGGCCGUGGCCGAGCCGUGGCUCGACUGUCUGCUGCAGGAGUUCUUCAACCAGAGCGACACAGAGAAACUUAAAGGGCUUCCAGUGACUCCCUUCAUGGACCGAGACAAAGUGUCCAAACCGUCCUCUCAGACCAAGUUCAUCCGGUUUGUCCUCCUGCCGCUCUUCAGUGAGCUCACCAAGCUGUUUCCCUGUCUGGAGCUAAAAGGUUCUGCUGUCGUGUUGUCGUGCAGCGACACAUUCUGGAGCCGGUGAGGAAGGCGCUGGAGUAUUACUCCGACCUGGAGAGAGCCAGCAAGACGGAGGAGGAGGAGGGGACGGCCAAAGCAUGAGGAAGAAGAAGAGGAGGAAGAAGAAGAGGUCUAAUAGUCUCAACGUUUUGAUCCCCAGGAUGCGUUAGCACCACAUUAUAUUCAGUGUGCUAGUUACAGCAUGUGAAACAUUAGCCUUUGAAAUAUAACUUAUAUUCUAAGUUAGGAACACGAUUGCACCUUAUACGUUUGUUGAUAUAUAAGAUGACAAUCAAAGAUACGUGAUGCUUUUGUUUUUUCAAUACGUAAUUAUUGAUAAUUCAUCUUCUGGUAAAAACCUCUUGAAUGUCUAGAUCUUAAGUUACCAGAGAAAAAAGGUGAGCACACAUUAGCAGGAGCUAGACAAACAGCUUGUCUCUGGCCUCAUCUAACAAUUGCUCAGCUUGUUUCUCUGAUAAGUUAAGAUCCCGACGUUCAGGAGGUUUUUCUCAGGAGCCGAAUUAUCCACAGAGGUUUCUUUCUCGCCAAAACAAACACACCAACUGAUUUACACCGGUAAAAACACUGAAUAAAACAGUUUCACGCUUAAAAUCAGUGUUUUUCAGAUGUUGUUUGGCACAGCAGGGGCUGGAGCUGAGCUAUAGCUAAUGUUUGCUCAGCUUGUUUCUCUGAUAACUUAAAAUCCAGACGUCCGAUGACUAAAAUUCUUCCUCCAGUUACAACACAUAGUUAAAAAUGACCAAGAUUUUUAAGUUUAUUGUAAAAAUGUGACUUAAAAUUGGAUAAAAAGUCAAUUUAUGCCACGGACAGGCGACGGCGACUAUAAGAAAAUGAAUUUCUCUGAGUUUGAAUAUUGUUGGAAACGUUUGGGAUAAUAUAAGAACAUACCUUUACUGAAUAUAAACACUGGUUUGUUGUUUUUAGACAUUUUAAUGCUAAAAAAUUACAUAUUGCAUCUUUAAUACUGUGUGAUGAUCAAUAAAGUUCUGCUCUCCUGCUUGGUAUUAAAUCACAUUAUGUUUGA